CAAGGGUCCUUUGCAAACCGGCGCAUGAUUUGGUUUUUUUUUUCUUGCUACGCCAACAGGGUGCUGAUUGUCAAAACAUCAUUGUCUUCUUGAAAUGGCAACAGGCCAUGGUUUUGCUCGGACUUCGUGAACUUUGAUGAUGUCUCGGUCAGCUCCGUCCCCAAUCUACACCCUGAGGGGUUCCAGUGGGCCCUUCAACACCCUCCACUUCUUUUGCGAUCGAGGGGACACUCCCCUCCUCUUCUCUGGAUCUGGGAAAGGUGCUAUCCAUGUGUGGAAUUUGAUAAACAGGAGGCCAGAGAGAAUUAUACAAGGUCAUUCUGGGAGUUCCGUUAUCUGGAUCAACACACUUCCCUGGGAAGAUACACUCAUUAGCCAGGGAAGAGAUAUGAAGGUCUGUCUUUGGGAUUUGAGUCAAGGUCGUAGUGAGCUGUUGGACUCUCUAAGUACAGGAAGUGUUGGAUUCUGUCAGUGUUCCUUACUGGAGACAGGGCAGAGGAGCUGCCUACUAGCUUUUGCAGGACAAGAUACUGAAGAGAUUAAAAUAGUUGAGCUACCCAGUAAGAGUAUCGUGUGCAGCCUGGUACCAGAUUUGAAACUGGGGAUGGUCAUGUGUGUCAAGCUGUGGCAGCCACAGUCAGGUCCUGGACCCCUCUUGCUGGCUGGGUAUGAGGACGGAUCACUGUUGUUAUGGGACAUAACCCAGAGGUCGAAGCUGAGUCAAACCAAAGUCCACCUUGAGCCUGUCAUGUGCCUGACCUUCGACCCAGAAAGUCUGAGGGGCAUAUCGGCUUCUUCAGAGAAAAAACUCUCUUCGUGGGUCCUGGAUGAGCAGAAUAACCUGCAGCUUCAAGACAACGUAAUGCUAACCAACCCUGGCGUUUCCCAGCUGAGCAUUAGAAAAGAUGGUAAACUGUUAGCAUCAGCGGGAUGGGACCACCGAGUACGGAUAUUUAGCUGGAAAAAGCUGCGACCUCUGGCAGUUCUGCAGUACCACAGUGACAUGGUUCUCAGUGUUGCUUUCUCCAACCACAAGGACCCAAGACAAAGACUUCUGGCAGCUGGAUCCAAAGACCAACGUAUCAGCCUGUGGUCUAUAUUCAGUGAGGUACCUGGCACUUGCUGACCCUCUGAAAGAACGUCAUAUGAAUGCUCAAUGGCAAUGGUGACUCUAGAAAGAGGUUACCAACAUGAUUGAGCAUGAAAGAGCAAAUGAGUACCACCCUGAGGCCCUUCACUGAUCAUUGUGAUUUUCUAAGAAUUUUGUAGAAGUAAACAUGUAAAAAUUUAAGCACUCGUGGAAAUUUACGGAAAUAAAUGUUUUCAUAUUUAUGGACUCGAGCAGUUUCUUCUCCUGGCACACACGUAAUGGCAGCGUGCCACAUGUUACAGGGGUGCGAAAGUGACUGAUCAUUGGCUGCGAAUGGAGUCGGCGGUGUCACACCUACAACUCCGCAAAACACCGAAAGCAGGGGUCCCCAAACUACGGCCUGCGGGUCGGAUACGGCCCGACUCCACAUUUGGUCUGGCCCCCCGAACAAUACCAGAGAGCAAUUUGACUUAUUUUUUUUUCCCAAUAGUGUUAUUUAUUUCCUGGCUUUUUUUCUGUGAAGGUCCCAGAGAGGAUUAUUUGGUGAUUAUCUAUUUAAUUAAUAGUGUCAUUAUUAUUUAUUAUAUUAUCUUAUCUUAGAUUACAUUAUAUUUUUAUUUUUAUUUUAUUUACUUUUGUUCCGUGAAGAAUCCAGAAAGGGUUGUUUGAUUGUGGCUUUCUGAAAAACAAUACAUUUUUACAUUUAGGCACUCCUGCAAUCGUCACACUUUUUCUGUUACAAACUGACCCCGGCCCCUCAUCAGAGAAGGGAAAAGUUAUGUGGCCCUCACAGGAAAAUGUUUGGGGACCCCUGACUGAUAGACUUGUUUGGCCAUAAUAAGCCACAAUUGUUAUCUUGUACUAAACUGUUAUUAGAAAGACAUAAAAUAUUGCCAUUGAUUUAAACAUUUAUAAAAAUUAGUACAUAUUUUGAAUUACGGAGGGCGCCAUGUCGACGUGCGUAAUGCACUCUGGAGUAAUGACGCAGCUCUGUUGGUCCUUGUAAAAUAGCUGUGCUCGAUACCAGGGAAGCUUGUAUGACGACUCGCAUGAGUUGUUG